GCGCAAUGCAUUUUCAGGCACAGCCACGGAAGAAGACGUCUGAGAAGACCUAAUGUGUAGCUAACUAGGUAGCACCCAAACGUAGCAAGAUGGACGCAAAAUCUAAAAACUCUCCAAUUCAAACAAGGCGAACGAUGCGGAAGAGAAAUGCAGAGUCAGCAGACAAAUCUGCCACAAAAGAGGGCAAGUUUAGCGUUUACCGUUAUCUAACUAGCCAUCUUAAUGGUGAAUCGUUUCAUUAUUAGCCAUGCCCGCUAGCUAGCUACAGCUAACAUAAGCCAUAUAGGUAACUUCUAAAUCCAGGCCGAGUUUCAUUGUGAUAAAACGUGUUUAAGUAUUCAGAAGUAGUGGUAGCAAGCAUUCUCUCCCAGUUGAUAAUUAUUAUUGUUAGCCUUCAGUGCAUCUGCAGGUGAAGGUUUUAAUGCCAACAAUGUCAAGAACGCUAAAGAGGCACUUAUGAAUGAAGCAUCAAUUACACAAAAAAUAAACACUUACUGUGAUCAGAUUGCAGUGGCCCCAACAGUGACUGUGGCUUUUGCUAAAGCAGAAUUUCUUGAAGCCAAAUCAGAAAUGAACAUGUACAAGUUGAGGGUAGAGAACCUGGAGGAGAAGGUAGAAGCUUUGACAAAGGACAGAGACUUCCUUAGGACUCAACUUUCUGAUGUUAGCGAACCAUCAGAGGUGGUGCAUCGAUAUAAGACAGUGCUGGGCAUCUUCCAAAUGGGCAAGACAAUGGCUGAGGCAUUCAGCAAGUUUGGAGUGGAUUGCAACACAAUUUCACAAACUUCUGAAAUUGCCAAGUUGGCAAUUGCUGCUCCAGAAAAGUAUGCGCAGCUUGUUCAACAGGUGAAGGGGAGCAAGCUUUCUGACAUUGCAAAACAAUGCAAGGAAGCUGUCGAGGCCGACAAAGCAACCUCAGAGACCAUAAAGCAGAUGAAGGAGAAUAAAGAGCUUCUGCCAAUAAGAAAGCAUUAAAGUC